AUGGCUGAAAAGUUUUCAUCAGUAUUAAAGUUGACAGAGUUGGAUGAUUUUAUUACACCUUCUCAAGAAUGUAUUAAACCAGUUAUUAUAGAUAAGAAAAAUACAAGUACACAAUUUACAAUUGAAUCUGAUGGUAGUUAUGUUGAAACAACAAGUGAUGGAGAAAAGGUACAAAUGGAGAAAGCUACAAUCACAUUGAACGAUUGUUUGGCUUGUAGUGGUUGUAUUACAUCGGCCGAGAGUGUAUUGAUUUCGGCACAAUCAACAGUCGAGUUUAGUAAUGUACUAAAGUCGAUUGCUGAGAGUAAACCAGAUAGCAUUGUAGUUGUUUCAAUAUCACCACAAUCACGUGCAUCAUUGGCCAAUCAUUUUGGAAUCGAUUCGAUGCAAUUACAUAGAAAGUUGGUCACCUUUUUGAAAUCGAUUGGUGUCAAUCAUGUAUUUGACACAUCGUUUAGUAGAGAGUUUGCACUCAUUGAAUCGGCAGAGGAAUUCAUUGCAAGAUAUAAACAAACCUAUGACAAACCAUUACCAAUGUUGGCAUCAGCUUGUCCAGGUUGGAUUUGUUAUGCAGAGAAAACACAUGGAGAUUAUGUCCUACCCUAUAUCAGUACAACCAAAUCACCUCAACAAAUCAUGGGAACUCUUGUUAAAUAUUAUUUAUCAAAAAAAAUUAAUACUUUACCAUCAAAUAUAUAUCAUGUAACCAUUAUGCCAUGUUAUGAUAAAAAAUUGGAAGCUUCUAGAAGUGAUUUUUAUAAUGAUGUAUUCAAGACAAAGGAUGUUGAUUGUGUAUUGAGUACAUCUGAAGUAUUGGAAUUACUAAAAGAACAUGGCGAUGUAGAUUUAUUAAAAUUGGAAGAGGCAACACUUGACAACUCGAUAUUCAACAACGUCAUAUUCAACCAACAAACUGGACAACCAGAAAAGUUUUUGGGUGUCACUGGUUCGACAGGUGGCUAUUUUGAAUACCUAUUUAGACGAGCAGCAAAGGAAUUGUUUGGAAAGGAAAUUGAAGGAGAGAUUGAAUACAAAGUUGGUAGAAACACAGAUUUUAAAGAAGCAUCACUCGAAGUUGACGGUAAAAAGGUAUUAUCGUUUGCAAAGGCAUAUGGAUUUAGAAAUAUUCAAAAUAUAGUUAGAAAGAUUAAAACUACUACUGCUAGUAGUAGUAAAAAGGAACCACAAUAUCACUUUGUGGAGGUUAUGGCAUGUCCAAGUGGUUGUAUUAAUGGUGGUGGACAGAUAAAGGCAGCCAGCGGGUCAUUGCGUGAACAAAAACUAUUGAUUGAACAAUCUGAACAAAAGUACUACCAAGAUCUCUCUAUUCAAUCUUAUGAACAACUUCCAUCAACUCUUGAAAUCAAAGAUAUCUAUGAUCAAUGGAUGAAUGGACCAUUCUCUCUAGAUGCCAAAACUAAACUUCACACUCAAUAUCAUAUGAUUGAAAAAUCAAAGAAUGCUUUAUCAAUUAAAUGGUAA